AAAAAACCUUCGUCAAUACAACCAAAGCGGAAGAGCCGUGCAAUAUAUGUCUGAAAAUGUGAGAGCAUCUUAACGUCAGUCAGUUUAAAAAUAAAUGGCGUCUCAGUCAGUCCGCGAGCGCACCAUUGCGGAGAACAGCCUGGUGAUCCUGCUUCAGGGUCUCCAUGGCGACGUCACCACCGUGGAACUGAGGGAUGAGAGCACAGCCCGCGGGCGCGUUGUCAACGUGGACGCGUUCAUGAACGUUCGCCUGGAGGACGUGCUGUACAGGGACAGGCUUGGCCGGCUCUCCAGGAUGGCCGACCUCUUUGUAACCGGACGCAGCGUUCGCUAUGUGCACAUUCCGGACCAUGUGGACAUCGGCAAGACCAUCGAAGCACAGCUGGAAAGGAUACAACGUGUUCGCUGCUUUUUACAGAAAGGGGGGAGAAAGGAGUAUGAUAAGAGGAAAUAGCCCACUUUUUAUUCUGCAGUAUUUUGGAAAGGUUUACAUUUAAACUGGGUUCCCUCUCAUUGGUUUUGAUUGAUACGCACGCGCGCACACGUGCUGCAAGUUUCAGAUUUUCUGGUAGCACAGUGUUUACAACAUUGUUAUUGCUGUUGCUGCAUUCAUGGAUUAAUUAGUUGUUCGUCUUUCUUCUACAUGCUUGAAUCUAAUUACUGACUAUCAGGGUUGCUUCAUUUUACCACCACCUGCCUGGCAUCUGGUUAUCCUCCAGGGAUACGUGUGAAACCAAGUCUAGACAAAGCGCUAAACACUAGCUUUAUGAGUUUUAAAGCCAGCUAUUCUUUCACAAUUGUUCAGGGUGCUGUAGUCUAAUGUUCCGGGUGCAAAGCCAGACUGUAUCCUGCACAAGGCCAUGAGAAAGACCAUACUGGCACAGCUGGAGAAGACGCACCAUGUUCACCUUGUGGGGAAAGGAGGAAGAACUCUGCCAACUUUUGGAACAAAUUGGAGACUCUUCAUUUGGGUUUUCUUAGUUGGCUUUUUGUUUUUUUGUUUUAUUUUGUGACACUGUUUCAAUGUUUGAAUUUUGAAGAAGCUCCCUUUUCAUUGUUCUCAGUUGUUUAUGCACACAGAAAUGAAAUGCUGUCAAAAAUUAAAGUGUUGACGUUCUUGUAAA